GGGCGCGGCGGCGACGCCAUCGCGGCGGGCGGCGGCGGGUGGCAGCCGAUGGCCGCGGCGGAGCCGGCGGCGCGGAAGCGGCGGCCCAAGGGGCACUUCGCGGCGGCGGCGGGGCGCGCCAAGCGGCCCCGCGGCGGCGGGCGGCAGCUGGAGGCCGGCAUGCGCGGCAUCCUCAUCACCUGCAACAUGAACGAGCGCAAGUGCGUGGGGGAGGCCUACAGCCUCCUCGGCGAGUACGGGGACCUGCUCUACGGGCCCGAGCAGUUUUCAGAUCACGAGGAGCGGCUGUCUGGAAGCGAGAGGGAGGAGGAUGAGGACGACGUUGAGGCUGCCCUGAAGAAGGAGGUCGGCCAGAUCCGUGCCUCGACGGAGCAGAAGCUGCGGCGGUUCCAGUCGGUGGAGAGUGGUGCCAACAACGUGGUCUUCAUCAGAACCCAGGGCAUAGAACCUGAGAACCUGGUGCACCAUAUACUAAAGGAUAUGCAUGCCACUAAAAAGAAGAAAACAAGAGUUAUUCUGCGCAUGCUACCCAUUUCUGGAACCUGCAAGGCUUUUAUGGAGGAUAUGAAAAAAUACACGGAAACGUUUUUUGAGCCUUGGUUUAAAGCCCCUAAUAAGGGUACUUUUCAGAUUGUUUACAAAGCUCGUAAUAACAGUCAUAUGAGUAGGGAAGAAGUAAUUAAGGAGUUGGCAGGAAUUGUGGGCAGCCUCAAUCCAGAAAACAAAGUUGAUCUUAAUAACCCACAAUACACAAUUGUGGUGGAAAUAAUAAAAAAUGUCUGUUGCUUGAGUGUGGUGAGAGACUAUGUUCUGUUCAGAAAAUACAAUCUACAGGAGGUGGUGAAGAGCAACAAAGAAGACGCACUACAAAACCCAUCAAGUCUGACAGAAGAACAGAACUCGAAGGUAGUAAAACCAGAAACCGAGGAGGAGGAGAAGAGCUCAGAAGAAGUAAAACAAGAGAACAAGAAUCAAGGUGAAACAGAAGCUGAGCCCAAGGGGAACAAUGCACUGACGGUGUAGAAAAUGUGGUAGAAGGGAAAGGUAAACACAAUCGAAACCUAUUAAAGUUGCCCUAGGGUUCUGAAAGGAUGUUUUAAAGAGGAGAGUGGGUUUUGUUUUGAAAUCUUGUUUUUAAAAUCCACGUGUAAGAAUUUUAAUGCUCAUUGUAGGUGGAGCUGACGUUACAGCAGAUGUAAGAGUGCUCAAGAGUUCUUCACCUUUCUGGUGAAGCUUGCUGUCAUUCUUCUACGGCUUUGUUCUGCAUUGCCUUUACCUAGUACAAAAAGCAGGAGUCUGUGCAUGCAUAUGUAAAUGUGGCCAUCCUGACAUAUACUGACUCUGCUUUGUUAUAUCUGAUGGCUACAGAAUCCAAAAGGCAGUGCAGAAUCAGCUCUGUCAGGAAGUACUGACAGAAGUGAGAGAUCUGAAAAAAAGACAGUUGAUUGCAGAGGGUUUUUAAGGAAGUGAUAUGAGAACUUGUGUGACUGCAGAACUCAGAUACAUUUUUCUGUGUGAACAACCGAAUGAGCUAAACCUGAUCAUCUCCUGUAUGAUGGAUGAUUAUAUAUAUAUACACACACAUCGCUCUACAAGGAUAUGCUAAGUCUUGAAAAUGAAUGGUAAGAACUGCUAUGAUCAAAUUACUUGAAUACUAUGAGAUGAUUUAGAGUAAUAGGUUUGACUGUUCUAGAACAGUAGAAGUACAGUGCAGGCAUUGCAGAUGGUUUUAGCAAAAACUAUAUGUGUGUUUACAUUAGCUGUGUAUACAGCAGUUAUGGGUUUAUAGAAAAUGCUGUAGUCACUGAACAGAAUCCUUUUGAGUAAUUUCCUUCAAAUAGCCUUUUGCUGCUCUCUCCAAAGACUUAAUCCUUUGGUGGUUUUAUAAAGUCUUUUUGUUGUUUUUAUUUUUUGUUUUUUAGAUCUCAAAAUUUGAAUUUAAAUACUGCUUGGAAACUUCUUAUGAAAGAAGCUCUCCAUUAUGCUCUACUGGAUAAGGGGAAUUAAGUUUAAUUUUUGGUACAGUUUUAGCUUUACAGUAUUAAUUUUGUUUCAGAUUGAAAGUAAUGUUAGUGAGUCUUUCUAUUGUCUGUCUGUUACAGCAGCUCUUUUGAUAUCCCAGUGACUUUUAAAAAAAACAACCAAAACCAGUGCAGCUAUAACCUGCUUUCCAGUAGAGUUUUGAGGAUGCUUCCUGUACAACUGUCUAGCUUUGGUAUUUCAUUUCUAGCAUAAAAUCUGUGGGUUGCUAAUGGGAAAAGACUCAUCUUGAAGAACACCACUUGUUACUUGUCGUGGUUUAAUGAAAAGGAUGUGUCAAGUCUCUCAAUAGUGUUUAAUUUAUAUUUUCCUCUUCUCAAAAUUGUUUUAGAAGUUGGAAAAUUAAAAUGACUUUUACCACCUGUUUAUUAAAACUCUGCUUUCUUA